UCCGGAGCCUGCUUCCGCGCGCCAGAGGUUGCCAUCCGCAUUGCGAGCCGGUCAAAGAGCUGACGCCAUGGUUCUGCUGCACGUGCUUUUCGAGCACGCCGUCGGCUAUGCGCUUUUGGCGCUCAAGGAAGUGGAGGAGAUCAGUCUGCUGCUGCCUCAGGUGGAAGAGUGUGUGCUCAACCUAGGCAAGUUCCACAACAUCGUUCGCCUGGUGGCCUUUUGUCCAUUUUCCUCUUCCCAGGUUGCCUUAGAAAAUGCCAAUGCAGUGUCUGAAGGCAUCGUUCAUGAGGACCUCCGUCUGCUCCUGGAGACCCAUUUGCCGUCCAAAAAGAAGAAAGUACUCUUGGGAGUUGGGGACCCCAAGAUUGGUGCUGCUAUACAAGAGGAAUUGGGAUAUAACUGCCAGACUGGAGGUGUGAUAGCUGAGAUCCUACGAGGAGUUCGUCUGCACUUCCACAACCUGGUUAAGGGUCUGACAGAUCUGUCAGCUUGUAAAGCCCAGCUAGGACUGGGACACAGCUACUCUCGUGCCAAAGUUAAAUUUAAUGUGAACCGAGUGGAUAACAUGAUCAUCCAGUCCAUCAGCCUCCUCGACCAGCUGGACAAAGACAUCAAUACCUUUUCUAUGCGUGUCAGGGAAUGGUAUGGGUAUCACUUUCCAGAGCUGGUCAAAAUCAUCAAUGACAAUGCUACAUACUGCCGCCUUGCUCAGUUCAUUGGAAACCGAAGGGAGCUGAAUGAGGAAAAACUGGAGAAGCUGGAGGAGCUAACGAUGGAUGGGGCCAAGGCUAAGGCUAUCUUGGAUGCCUCUCGGUCCUCCAUGGGCAUGGACAUAUCUGCCAUCGACUUGAUAAACAUCGAGAGCUUCUCCAGUCGUGUGGUGUCAUUGUCAGAGUACCGCCAGAGCCUGCACACUUACCUCCGCUCCAAGAUGAGCCAAGUAGCCCCUAGCCUGUCAGCCCUAAUUGGGGAAGCGGUAGGUGCACGUCUCAUUGCUCAUGCUGGCAGUCUCACCAACCUGGCCAAGUACCCGGCAUCCACAGUGCAGAUCCUUGGGGCUGAAAAGGCCCUGUUCAGAGCCCUGAAGACAAGGGGUAACACACCAAAAUACGGACUCAUUUUCCACUCCACCUUCAUUGGCCGAGCAGCUGCCAAGAACAAAGGUCGCAUCUCCCGAUACCUGGCAAACAAGUGCAGUAUUGCCUCCAGAAUUGAUUGCUUCUCUGAGGUACCCACCAGUGUGUUUGGGGAGAAGCUUCGAGAACAAGUUGAGGAGCGCCUGUCCUUCUAUGAGACCGGAGAGAUUCCACGGAAGAAUCUGGAUGUUAUGAAGGAGGCAAUGGUUCAGGCAGAGGAAGCCGCUGCUGAAAUCACCAAGAAGCUAGAGAAACAGGAAAAGAAACGCUUGAAGAAGGAAAAGAAGCGGCUGGCUGCACUGGCUGCUCUGGCAUCUUCAGAGAACAGUAGUACGCCAGAGGAACAUGAGGAGAUACAAGAAAAACCCAAAAAGAAAAAAAAACAAAAACUUGAGGAGGCUCCUCAGGAGAAUGGAAUGGAUAGUCCAUCUGUCUCUAUUUCCAAACCCAAGAAAAAGAAAUCUUUUUCCAAGGAAGAGUUGAUUAGUAGUGACCAGGAAGAGACAGCUGGUGGUAGCCCAAAUCCACCCAAAAAGAAGAAGAAAUCUUCACCCCAGGAGGAAACAGGUAGUGAACCAGAAGAGGCAGCCAGAAGCAUCCCCAAGAAAAAAAGAAAAUUGUCUUCAAAGGACGAGCCAGUCAGUAGUGGGCCUGAGGAGGCUGUUGCCAGCAAGGGCAGUAUCAAGAAAAAAAAGAAAAAGCUUCAAAGAACAUCCCAGGAGGAUUAGAAUGGACAUUCCCUGGGGAGUGCCCCAAGGUGACAUUUCCCAUCCCUUCCCCUAAAUCCCAGUCAAUAAAAACAAAUCCACAA